CUAUAGCUGUUAUCGAUCACUUUGCUUGCCAGAACGGGAGCGACCGAUGGAUACGAGACAAUACUCUUGGCUGCUGGAUAGCCACCGUACAACGAAGGAUAAGCAUACUUGUCUACCACUGCGGGCAGACCAUAGGAUGAGCCAGUCAAACCGGAAGCGUAACUCGGAUAUGACAGCACAUUAUCGUAUGGCAGGAAGCUUCAAAAACGAAAGGAAGGCUCUUCAUGAAGGACUUCCGGACUCAAAACAGCUGACGAACCACUAUAAAAGCAGACGGUCUCCGUUCGAAUAGUCACAGUUCAUUUGCAGCAGUUUGCGAUCGCAACAAACAACCGACGCUCAUCCAACUGAAAACAUGAAGGCCUUUAUUGCGAUCGCCGUCCUGGCUCUGGCUGCCAUUUCCAACGGAUCCUAUGUUCCAGCUGUUCAGUCGGUGCUCCCGUACGCCUACAACUCUGGACUGUAUGGCCUGAAUGGGUAUGACGGACUUGGCCACUACUCUUCUCUCGGUGGCCUGGGAUACUCGUCGCUCUUGGACCAUGGACUGUCUUAUCCGUACUCGACGGCGCUGCCAUAUGCUUCGGCUCUACCAUACUCUGCCUACAACAAUGGUCUGUACGGUUACUACGGAACGAAGUAUGCGCCGACCGUCGUUCAGGCCAACGUCAACACUCUGAAGACGGUGAACUCGCUGGGACUCUUUGGCGGAUAUGGUUUGGGACACGGAUACGGUUAUGGAUACAACAACUAUCUCCCAGUCGCUCAUGCUGCGAAAUACGUUGCUGCCAACCCGGGAGCCGUUCAUGUGGCCCCACUCCCAGGACACCUUGUCAACCAGAAGUCGAUUGUGGCGUAA